AUGACGCCCCCACGACCUAGUGCCGUCCUUCACCGGGACACUCGUUCCAUCCCCAAGUCGGCGGUCGGUGGCAAGGGCAGCUAUCUUUUCCUUGAGGAUGGGACCAAAUUUCUCGAUUCAACCGGCGGCGCGGCUGUUGCAUGUCUGGGGCAUGGCCACGAGCAGAUCAAGCACGCCAUGAAGGAUCAAAUCGACACGAUCUCAUAUUGCCACUCUGCCUUCUUUGGCACUCAAGUAGCCGAAGACCUAGCUCGACUGUUGGUAGAUUCCACUGGCGGAAAGUUGUCCAAGCUAUUCGUCUCCUAUCCACUGACGAGCCAUUCAGGUUCCGAGGCCGUGGAUGCUGCUUUAAAGCUAGCCCGCCAAUAUUUCCUCGAGCUGCCAUCCCCCCAGCCGCAGCGAACACGGUUCAUAUCCCGUCUGCCGUCCUAUCACGGCGCCACUCUGGGCGCUUUAUCGGCCGGAGGCCAUGUCCUUCGCCGACAGCCCUUCGAGCCUCUUCUAUCCAAAAACACAUCGCAUGUCUCUCCCUGCUACGCAUACCGCGGCAAGCAAGACGGCGAGUCCGACGCACAAUACGUUGCUCGUCUAGCCGCCGAGCUGGACGCGGAGUUCCAGCGCGUGGGACCUGAGAAUGUGUGCGCGUUCAUCGCAGAGCCCGUCGUAGGCGCAGCCCUGGGCUGCGUCCCCGCUGUACCGGGCUACUUCGCCGCCAUGAAGGCCGUCUGCUCGAAACACGGCGCACUCCUGAUCCUCGACGAGAUCAUGAGCGGCAUGGGCCGGUGCGGGACUCUGCAUGCAUGGGAGCAAGAAGAUGUCGUGCCCGAUAUCCAAACUAUUGGCAAGGGUCUGGGUGGAGGGUACGCGCCUGUCUCGGGGAUUCUGAUCGCCGAUCAUAUCGUGCAGACCAUGGACAAAGGCACGGGCGCUUUCCGACACGGACAGACCUAUCAGGGCCAUCCGAUCUCGUGUGCUGCUGCGUUGGCGGUGCAGAGGACUAUCCAAGAGGAAGGGUUGCUGCAGAACGUGCGGGAUAUGGGCUCUUAUCUUGAAGAGCGGCUGCGGACCCGGUUGGAAGGGCAUCCGUAUGUAGGGGAUAUUCGAGGGAAAGGACUGUUCUGGGGGGUUGAAUUUGUCAAGGACAAGGGUACGAAAGAACCAUUCGAUACCGAGACGCGCUUGUCGUUCUUGAUUCAAGAGAAAGGUCUGCAGCCGGAGUAUGCGAUCUCGCUAUAUGGUUGCACUGGCACAGUGGACGGCGUGCGUGGUGACCAUGUCGUGCUGGCUCCGCCCUACAACGUGUCUAAGGAAGAGAUCGAUACGAUUGUGGAUGUGAUGGCUAGAGUACUAGAUGCUGUUUUUGCGGACCUGGAGAUGUCCAAAGAAUAG